AUGGGUGCAAAUAUGCUUCAGGUGCUUCUUAUGGCAUUGGCGUUAUUGGUUUUGACAUUUGCAAUCGGAAGUCUUCCAAUAUACUGGUUUUCGGAGGAAUCAAAUGGUACCAAUGAAGAAUUCACAGGUAAAUCAAAACAUGUCCAAUAUAUUAAUGUAUUGGCCCAAUUUGGGAUAGGUAUGCUGCUGGGUACUUCAUUCAUGCUGGUCAUUCCUGAAGGGAUCAGUGAAUGCCUGGAACAUGGAGGAAACGUAGGUUUAAACAUGUUGGUGGGUUUCCUAAUUGUCUAUGUACUAGAUAGAAUUGUUCAAUCAAUAAUGAAUAAUAAUAGCCAAGAGACAAACCCAGGAAUUGAGAUCAGAGGAAGAGCCGAUAUUAUAUUUGAAUCAUGGAAAGAUCUGGUAAAGAAUCCUAAACAAGUAUGUCAAGCCAUCCUUAGAAAUAAUGUUGUAUUUGCAUUAUUUAUUCAUGGGUUAUCCGAUGGUGUGGCCUUAGGGACAGCAGUUAAUAACGAUUCACUUAUGGUUGUAAUGCUAAUAGCAAUUGUUAUCCACAAGAUCCCUGCCGUGCUCUCAUUGUCGAGUUUGAUGAUUUCUAAACAACAUCUUCCAAAAUGGGAAGCCAUAUCAAACUUAUUUGCAUUUGCGUUAUCCACUCCAUUGGGAUAUAUUGUUCUAUCGACAUUCAACUUAAAGCAUUCAGAGACAAUGAGCUGGUUGAGUGGUAAUUUAUUACUAAUGAGUGGUGGGAGUUUAUUAUACGCCUCUUUCACAGCAUUCGUAGGAGAUUCUGGACAUUCUCAUAAUAAUGAACAUAUCCCAAUGCAGACGUAUGACACCGAAUUCUCUUCUGUAGAUGACCUCGUGAUCUCUCAAUCAGAUAACCAUGAAGAUUUGGAUAUGGAAUGGGAUCCAAGGCGUUUCAAUAUCGUCAAUGAGGAUAACCUUAACAGCACUUCGAAUGGUAAUCCAGCACCUCUAGAAAGUAAUAGAAUACGUGAUGAUAGAGGCUUGAACGGAACUCAACAGACAUUUAGUUGGUUAUCAAUGGACGAAUCCAUAUAUACCUUGACAGGAGUGGUCCUACCUGUCAUCAUAUCGUAUGUUAUAAAUGAAUGA